GGCGUGCCGUAGUAUCCGAGUACUAGCGCACGCGAAAAAAAUAAAUUCCCAUCCGAUUAACGCUUAAAAAAACGAUCUUUUUAACAGCUCCUCUGUGGCAUUAUCCCCCAUCGCGUCACUCGACACCGGUACUUAAGUUAACGCCUCGACCGCAACUGAGAUUUCGACCAAUCGGCGAUGCGGGCUCCUCCCAGAUUCGAGCGUACCCAGCAUCCUCCUCUGGACCACCUAUUAGGGAUCGAUUAGUCGCCAAUUAGUACCUUUCGGUGCGAGAACGGAGGUACUACCGGGAUAUCUUUGAGCGCGUGUGAGGGGCACCUCGGAGUGGUUUUCUUUUUGGAACGUGUGCUUGGAUGUGAACUAUAGAGAAUGUUAGGUGUUUGAUUAACUAGUUGUUGUUUGUAAAUAGAGUGUACAGAAAGAUCGAAAGCAAUGGAGACCAGAACUGUCCAAAACAUGAUAGUUUCAGAAAAGAAACAAGAGAAACUUAAGUUUGGAAUUGACAGGCUUCUUUCGGAGGAUAAAGAAAGACAUUCACCAGAGGCCAACAACCAUGUUCAAAAGACACCAUCAGUGACAAAACCUAUGCCCCACAUAGCGGUCCCAUGUUCCGAUUGUGUAACAUCUAUAUUUCGAUGUUGCAGGUUAAGUCCAUCUGGAGGGUGCCAAAACGAUAUGUUACCUGGGAUGUCCAAAAUUCUAACUGGCCAUAUUUAUACUAGUGCAACUAAUGAUGGAAUUUAUUCAGGACAACCUAUACGACCGUUUGCUACAAGACCAACUGUAAGAAUAGCUAUACCUCAUGGCCCACCAUCACCCACAUCUUCUAUGCAGAAUAGUACUGGGAACAGCAAAAGAAAAAGAUCUUGGUCCAGAGCAGUUUUCAGCAAUCUACAGAGGAAAGGUCUGGAAAGGAGAUUCCAAUUACAAAAAUACAUUACCAAACCAGACAGAAGACAACUGGCAGCUACAUUAGGAUUAACAGAUGCUCAAGUCAAAGUGUGGUUUCAAAAUCGUCGAAUGAAGUGGAGACAUUCGAAAGAAACCACAAAAAACGGAGAAAAUGCCGCAGAUUCUACUCAGGAUGAACUGCAUAUUGAUGUUGAUACUAUUAGCGAAGAUACCGAUUAAUGUUGUUGUGCAUUUUGUUGUAAUAGUAUAAUUUAUUUUUAGAAUAAAACAAUAAAACACACUA